CCGGGCGCCGGCCCCUUUAAAGCGCCGCGGCCCCCUCCCACCGGGCCGCGCUGUGCCCGCCAAUCGGCGGCGCCGGCGCAACCGGGGCUGCCGGCAGCCAAUGGGCGGGCCGCUUAGUGCCCGGGAGGAGAGGCGCGGUGGCAAGAUGGAGGCGGCGAGGGAGGCUGAGGCGCCCCGCGAGGAGCCGAGGGCGGCCGCCGCCGCGGUGCUGCCCGAGCGGCUGCAGCGGAGGGAAGCGGAGCGGCAGCAGGGCGUGGAGCGGCAGCGGCAGAAGAAGGAGGCGCAGGUGGUGAAGGAGGAGCAGAGCGAGUUCUUCAUCGCCGCCUUCACCCGCGAGCGGGAGGCCUUGGAGGGGCUGCUGGCGGCGGGGCUGCUGGAGGAGGCGGCUGCCCGGCUGCAGGGGCUGCAGAAGCUGCUGACCGAGAGCGUGCGGUUCCUGGCGCCCUACGAGGUGAGGCAGGGGCAGGAGGCCGUGGCGCGGCUGCAGAGCGACCUGGCGGCGCGGCGCCAGCAGCUGCAGCCCAAGAAGAGAUUCGCCUUCCGGACCGUCAAGAAGGAAGCGGCUCCGGGCUCCGAGCCGCGCCCUGCGGAGCCCGCCCGGGCUCCGGCCGCCUCGGCUGCGCCCGCUCCCGGCUACGGGCCCGCCGAAGGGGAGCCGGGCGGGCCGCCGCUGUGCGGGUUCAGCGGCGUCGAGGAUGAGGAGCUGGAGCUCGGCCCCGCGGAGCUGCUGCAGCGCGACGUGCUGCUGUGCGAGCUGCGCGGCUGCCAGGUGCGGCUCCGCGGCAACGCCAACACGCUGCGGGUGCGCGACUGCCGCGGCUGCACCGUGCUCUGCGGGCCCGUGUCCACCUCCGUGGUGGUGGACGGCUGCAGCGAUUGCCUCCUGGCGCUGGCCUGCCAGCAGCUCCGCACCCAUCGCACCCGCAGCAGCCGCUUCUACGUGCAGGUGACCAGCCGAGCCGUGAUCGAGGACUGCACCAGGGUCUCCUUUGCCCCCUACACCUGGAGCUACCCUGGCAUUGAGAGAGAUUUCGAGUCGUCUGGGCUGGACAGGGACAGAAACAACUGGAACCUGGUGGAUGACUUUGACUGGCUGGCCACUGACAGGCCUUCGCCCAACUGGAGCCUGAUCCCCGAGCAGGAGAGAAUCAGCUGCUGGGAGUGACUGCAGGGGCAGCUUAGUACUGAGCAAGAAAUCCUGGUGUUAAUGCAUUGACUCAAAACUGUGGGACUUCACCCCCCCCCCAUAUAUGCCAUUAAAUCAUUGCAUUCAGUAUUCAGAUUGCAAAUUGCAAGGUGUGACUGGUUU